AUGGCACGCCGUUCAUUAUUAAAUACUUCAAAUGAUGAUGAAUAUCGUACAGCUCUAGUGAGAGUCGUAUGAAUCACAUUUCGAAAUACAUGUCGUGGAUGAUCGGAUAAAAAUGAUACGACUGUUGGUUGAGAUGAAGGUUUAUGAUAACAAUUCGUACUUUUUCUUUUGUUUUCAAUCGAUUAUGCUGAGUGUGUCUCGCUUCGUUCACAAAUAAGAUCACUUCAAUACAUCUUUAAUAUUUUAUCAGAUGACAAACAAUAGUUUUCCUCAUCCUCAUUCUAUGUCUGCUUUCAAAUGUUUAAAAGAAUAUCAUAUUUUCUAGAAAUAUUUAUUCG